UCCGCCGAGGUGCUGCUCCAGGCGGACGCGGCAACCUGGGGCAGAGCGAGCCGGGACGCGCCACCUGCGGUGCUGGCUGCUGCUUUUUAUUUACUAGCAAACAGUGUUUCCCCGCGGGAGAGCCCGGGAGCGCGCGGGCGCACACACACACACACACACACGCUCACUCACUGACACACGCGCUCGCGCACACACACAAGAUACACGCUAGCACUCUGUCUUCACAACUGCAUCCCCAAACCGACAGUGCGAAGCCAACUGCGGUUUCUCUUAACCUCAGCAUCGUGGGGAGAAGCAGAGCCGUGGUGCAUCAGGGAGCGCCCGGUGCCUGCGCUGCCGCCUCGGGUACAUACAUAACCCAGCAGACCGCUCACCCCAUCGGAAAUCCAUGUAUGCAUCUGGAUUCAGAAAUAGAGUGGCAUAUGUUGGUAGAGGCUGUUGCAUACUUGAAGUCUGUUCAUGAAUCUCAGCUGGAAUGCUUGCAAACUGCUAAGGCUGAGAUCCUGAGGAACCCAGCUGGAGAAUGCCGUCUGAACGCUGCCUGAGUAUUCAAGAAAUGCUGACAGGCCAGAGGCUCUGCCACUCGGAAUCUCACAAUGAUAGUGUCUUGGCAGCGCUGAAUCAACAGAGAAGUGACGGCAUCCUCUGCGAUGUCACCCUGAUUGCCGAGGAACAGAAAUUCCAUGCUCACAAGGCAGUCCUCGCAGCAUGCAGCGACUAUUUCCGGGCGAUGUUCAGUCUCUGUAUGGUGGAAAGUGGAGCAGACGAGGUCAGUUUACAUGGUGUGACCAGCCUUGGCUUAAAGCAGGCCCUGGAGUUUGCAUACACAGGACAGAUUUUGUUGGAGCCAGGCGUGAUCCAGGAUGUGUUAGCAGCUGGCAGUCACCUACAGCUGUUGGAGCUUCUCAAUUUAUGUUCCCACUAUCUCAUCCAGGAAUUAAAUAGCUUUAAUUACUUGGAUCUGUACAGACUUGCUGACCUCUUUAACCUCACUUUGCUGGAGAAGGCAGUGAUCGAUUUCUUAGUGAAACAUCUCUCUGAGCUCCUGAAGAGUCGCCCAGAAGACGUUCUAAUGCUUCCUUAUUGUCUGCUCCAGGAGGUUCUGAAGAGUGACCGCCUGACCUCCCUGAGUGAAAAGCAGAUCUGGCAGCUAGCCGUGAGGUGGUUGGAACACAACUGCCAUUACCAGUACAUGGAUGAGCUCCUGCAGUAUAUCCGCUUUGGCCUCAUGGAUGUGGACACGCUCCAUACAGUUGCCCUGUCCCACCCCCUCGUCCAGGCAAGUGAAACUGCAACAGCUCUUGUCAAUGAGGCGCUGGAGUACCACCAGAGCAUCUAUGCACAGCCCGUUUGGCAAACUCGCAGGACCAAACCACGGUUCCAGUCAGACACUCUGUAUAUCAUUGGUGGGAAAAAACGUGAGGUCUGUAAAGUCAAGGAACUUCGGUACUUCAAUCCUCUUGACCAGGAGAAUGCUCUCAUAGCUGCCAUUGCCAACUGGAGCGAGCUGGCUCCCAUGCCCGUGGGAAGGAGCCACCACUGUGUAGCAGUCAUGGGGGACUUUCUGUUUGUAGCAGGAGGAGAAGUUGAGCAUGCUAGUGGCCGGACGUGUGCCGUGAGGACUGCCUGUCGCUAUGACCCCCGCAGUAAUUCCUGGGCAGAGAUAGCACCCAUGAAAAACUGCCGGGAGCAUUUUGUGCUGGGUGCCAUGGAUGAAUACCUCUAUGCAGUCGGGGGUAGAAAUGAACUACGCCAGGUUCUGCCUACAGUUGAGCGAUACUGCCCCAAGAAGAACAAAUGGACUUUUGUGCAGUCCUUUGACCGAUCCCUUUCAUGCCAUGCUGGAUAUGUGGCUGAUGGUCUUCUUUGGAUAUCAGGUGGAGUAACUAACACAGCACAAUAUCAGAACAGACUAAUGGUAUAUGAACCUAACCAGAAUAAAUGGAUAAGCCGCAGUCCUAUGCUGCAGAGAAGGGUCUACCAUUCCAUGGCUGCUGUUCAAAGAAAGCUUUAUGUUCUUGGAGGCAAUGACCUGGACUACAAUAAUGACCGGAUCCUUGUGCGGCAUAUAGAUUCUUACAACAUAGACACUGACCAGUGGACGCGUUGUAAUUUCAACCUGUUGACUGGCCAAAAUGAAUCUGGAGUUGCUGUCCAUAAUGAGAGAAUAUAUUUAGUUGGUGGAUAUUCGAUUUGGACGAAUGAGCCUCUGGCUUGUAUCCAGGUGGUGGAUGUAAGUAGAGAAGGCAAAGAAGAAGUAUUUUAUGGGCCAACACUCCCUUUUGCUUCUAAUGGAAUAGCGGCAUGCUUCCUUCCAGCUCCGUAUUUCACAUGCCCUAACCUUCAGACUCUUCAAGUGCCUCAUCACAGGAUUGGGACCAUCUGAAAACCAAUGCUUUGUUAAUAACUAUCAUGAAGGGAAAGAAAAGCUUCACUUCUGAAUACUGGGCAUGAAAAGACCCAGUGCUCCAUGCUUCCUUGUUUUGUUUUAUAUGUCUUAUUUUCAGAUAAACAUUAGCAAAAAAUGAACAGUUUUCUAAAAUACAUUACUGAAACCUCCUGUCACCCUUCUCUUUGUGUGUCAAUAUACAGUAUGUCUGACUUAUUGUGGUUUAAAUCAGUGACAACUUAAUGGUCAAUUACUGUUCCAUGGGUCUUUAGAGCCUUCGUUGUAGUUUCUCUAAUCAGCACUGUCUAGGAAAACGUUAGUAAGGCAAUUUAUUUCACAGGUACUGCCAUCAACGAUCUUCAAGAAAUAAUCUUUAGUAGUUAAUCCCCUUACUACUUAAACCUGGGUUUGUAAUUUUUCUUUUAAAUAUUUAACAUUAUGCAGCGCCACUAGUAUAGACUCAGUAUCAUGACAUUAUAAAAUUUUAAAUGCCAUGUUUUAUUCACAGUGACACAAAUGACAGAAGUAACUGGAACAGCAGCUGGAAUUUCCAGAUUGUUCAACUUGGUUACGCUGAC